GAGACUAAACCAGUAUGACAAUACAGCAAUUAGAGUAAGGAUAUUCCCAUAUAUUCAGGUAGCAAGAGAGCCCAUUGGUUUGAGUGUACGCAAUCUGAAGUGUACACCCUCUGUAGUGUAUGCCCUUUUUGUACACCCUCAGCUAUGUACACCCUCUGCUAAGUGUGCCUUCAGGUAUGUACACAAUCAGGUAUGUAUGCCCUCAGCAAUAUGUGCCCUCAGCUAUGUACACCCUCAGCUAUGUAUACUCUCAGGUAAGUCUGCCCUCAGCUAUGCAUGCCCAUUGUCCUCAGGUAUGUCUGCCCUCAGCUAUGUAAGCCCUCAGGUAUGCAGUCUGUAGAGAUCCUCA